AUGUCUGGAAAUAAGAAGCUUUAUGUCCUGUUUGAAAGUGCAGCAGGCUAUUUGCUAUGUGCUAUAGAUAAUUGGGAAGAAAUUGGUCAGGUAACGGAGUCAGUUAUUGAAGUAUGUGCAGAUCCAAUGAGAUUCGGUCAAGUGGCACAAUUUUUUGCAUUCUUUCCUUUCCAGACAGCAGAAAUGGCUCUGGAAAAUAUGAAGGAAAUUCAAAAUGGUAAUGCAACUGAAGAACUCAAAACCUUUCUAAUACAGAAUUUACCUAAAAAGGUGAAGAAAUACAACUUAGGAGUUGGAGAUGCAUCUCUUGGAAAAACUCUAUCAGAUCAGGGAUAUCCAGUGGUUAUUGAUAAGAAUAUUAGUGAAUUACUAAGAGGUAUUAGAAUUCAUUUUACAAGAAUAGUCAAAUCUUUUGAUUCAUCUAUUGGUGAUUUACACAAAUUUCAAGUUGGUCUAGGCCACAGUUUUAGUAGAAAUAAGUUACAAUUUGACCCAAAUAAACAAGAUAAAUCUAUUGUACAGUCUAUUGCUUUAAUAGAUAGACUUGAUAAGGAUAUUAAUCUUUUUUCAAUGAGAUGUAGAGAAUGGUACUCAUGGCAUUUUCCAGAAUUGGCUAAAAUUAUUACCGAUACAGAGAAAUUUCUUAAAGUUGCUCUUUUAAUUGGUAAUAAGGACCAAUUUGAAGAUAAUGAGGAAACUAGGAAGAAAAUUUCAAAGAUUGUUGAUGAUCCCAGCUUAGAGGACGAUAUAUUUUCCUCUGUUCUUAUUAGUAUGGGUCAAGAUAUUACUGAGAAUGAUAUAAAUAUGAUUAAGAAUCUUGCAAAACAGUUAAUAGAAUUAUAUAAACAAAGAUCACAUCUUAUUGAAUAUCUUAACAGCAGGUUAUAUAAUGUCGCUCCAAAUCUACAAAGUUUAUUAGGAGAUACUUUAGCUGCAAGAUUAAUUGCUCAUUCCGGUAGUUUGGUUAAUUUAGCAAAAAGUCCGGCUUCAACAAUACAAGUAUUAGGCGCUGAAAAAGCAUUAUUUAGAGCUUUAAAGAGUAAGGGAAAUACUCCUAAGUAUGGGUUACUAUUCCAAUCCACUUAUAUUGGUAAGGCAUCACAAAAGAAUAAAGGUAGGAUAUCUAGAUAUUUAGCAAAUAAGUGCUCAAUAGCAGCCAGAAUAGAUAACUUUUCUACAGCAAAUAAUAAUAUUUUUGGUGAGAAGCUUAAACAACAAGUUGAAGACCGUCUCAAAUACUUAUCUCAAGGUAUUUCUCCACCUAAAAAUAUUGAUGUAAUGAGAGAAGCUAUUUCUGAAAAUCAGGAUAUUUUGAAAAGUACAGUUCCUAGCCAACUAGAAUCUGAAAAGAAGAAGAAAAAGAGAAAAAGCCACGAAAGUGUUCGCAGUGAACAUAAUGAAGAAGACAAACAAGAAAUAAUGGACAAUGAUGAAUCGUCAGAAAAGAAGAAGAAAAAGAAAAAAAGAAAGAGUUCUGGUAAUAAUGAAGAUGACGAGUAA